AGCCCUCGCUCUUUCCGGAAAUCACGAUGCUGUCCCUCCUCGACCACGGCUUCGCGCCCGACGACUUCGGGCCGUCGUGGGCCAACAAGCCGGCGGAGGCGCCCGAACCGGACACCCGCACGGCCGUCUCCCCGGAGGAGCGGCGACGGCUCCACCGCAUGAUCUCCAACCGCGAGUCCGCACGCCGCUGCCGCAUGCGAAGGCAGCGCCACCUCGAGGAGCUCCGCGCCCGGGCGAGCACGCUCCGGUCCGAGAACCGCGACCUCGCGGACCGGCUCGUCGGCCUCGCCCACCGCCGCCUCCUCGUCCGCCUGGACAACCACCGCCUCCUCGCCGAGGCCUCCGUCCUCUCCCGGCGUCUCGCCGACCUCCGCCACUACCACUACUACUACCACCACGAACUGGUUUCUCACAGCGCCGCGUAUUUUCUUGGGUCGAAUUAAAGGAAGCUUGAACGUCUCAUCAAUACAAGUUUAGGUGAAUCCGUCGAUCCACUUCUCUAAAUCACCAACAAGUAGUCACAUCACAUUUAGGGGACGUGAUAUCAUGUUGUGUAGCGUGUUCUUUGCCUCGAGGACGAUGAACGAUUGAUCGGAGCUCCUGAUUGCUGAGAUUGCAUUCGAUGAUUACGUCAACCAUCAGUCAAUAUUUAAUGGAAUACGAUCGCGCAUCGCAAUUGC